AUGACCGCGAUCAAGGACGCAGACAAGGCUGAGGAGAAGCAGCCACUCGUCGAGAAGGACGCGGACGCGAAGGACGACUACGACGCAUCGGACUCGGACGGCGACGAGCACCGCAGCGACGAGGAGUCAGAUGAGGACACGGUGCACCGGCAGGGCGUGCGGGAGGAAAGGAAGCGGAUGGAAGAUGCACUGGCGGAGGACGAGCGCUUUACGCGGCCUGCGGUGCCAGUUUGGAAGCGGGCAGGCCUGCUGGUCGCCCUGGGGUUGCUCGUAUGGGCUGCGCUGGCGCUGAGGGAGUAUGCGAACCGACCGCCGACGAUCAUAUAUGCCAGUAGAUAUUCGGAGGAGUUCAAGUAUCGUCCGGCGGCGAGUCCUAUAAUCACGGAGACCUUAAGAGACGGCCGCCUGCGCGUCCGCGGCGCAGCACCCACGACCAGCAUCAAGCCGACCCCAACACAGACAGCUACUUCCAAGCCCGGACGCAAGCGCCGCGGCAAGAAGCGCUCGAAGGCCAAGAAGAGUACGAAACCACGACAAGCAGGCAUACACAAGCUUCGCAUCGCAUUUCAGGCGCCAAUCAAGACUUUCCUUGCCUCUCCCCUUCUCGCCGACGACGUCACUGUCCUAGUAUACUCGCAAGGCCUCUUGACGAAGAUCAGCGCUGACUUCUUUCCAAGUCUCAUUGCGGUCACAAAGAUGUCCAUCCCGCCAUCCAAAAGGCAUGGUAUCUUCUGCCGCUUCCGCUCAGCCUUCGUGCGUUGUACCGCACGCUCCACGGGCCCCAACCGGCGGAUGGCAUCCAGCAAUAUCUCUGCUGCGAGGACGGAUACAGCCCAGCAUGCAUGGCCCACUCGUAUCCAGGGCGCACUGCCUGACACGGCGCCUCCAUCUGUUCGCGAUAAGUCAUUGCCAGAAAUUCCAUGGACGCGCGGGUCUGUCGAAGUUGCUGCUCCGCUGACGUUGCAAGAUGGCAUGCAGAGCUUCGCGCAGGACGACCCAAAGCAGAAGAACUCGAUUCCGUUCCCCACGAUGCAAGCCGAACCUUCAUCACCUACCGUAACUCGCCUCUCGCUGGCCGAGGGGCUCGGCGAGUUUAAUCUUCCCAGCCAUAUUCUGACAGGUCUGGCAGCACAUGUCGACUACGACUCCGCGCUCUCAGCGUCGCCUCCCGCCUCUCCGCCUUCACCUGAUGCGCAUGCCAUAGGCGAUGCUUCAAGCCCUCCUGCUACUUUUCGUCGAACACUCGCUCAUAAGGACGGUCGUAAGCCGCUGCGACCUGCAUCGUCUGAUGAUCUUGAUGACCCCGCGCCGGCCUUCCUGGACAACAACCUGGAAAAUGAUCGUCAGCAUGACAGUCGGCCAACCUCGGACUUUGCGUCGCCUGAAGCCCAACCUGGGACUCCGGAGGACCAGUCAGCAGCGCAAGUGGCUGACAUGCCAGGAAACCUCACGCGCGCCUUCGUCCAUGUUGGAAAGACGCCUGAUGAUCGACUUCCCGGCUUGAUGUUACGCAUCGUUGUUGGGUCGCAGACUGCUGGGAAUCCUCUUUUCGAUGAUGCCUUGGCGAACGCUUCGAGGGCGUGUGCCAUAUAUGGCCAUGAACUGACCCAGCUCUCGUUGACAAUACUGCACAUCCAGAUUGACGAUGGACGGGACUCCUUGAAUGCGGUGUUGGAGUACUUGCAGGAGCAUCUUCGCCACCUCGACCAAAGAGCUUGCCUCUGCGUUGACCCGGUUGCGGUAUCUGCGCGUGGACGGAUGUAUCUCUGGAGAUCGCUUGACCGUCUUUCCGGCGACAAAUCUGAGCGAGCUGCACGUUAUGACACCGUCUUGCGCACUUGA